GCCUUGUGGACGGAGGAUUUCCUCAGACUUUUGCCAGCUAUCUGGAUGAAUCAAAUGUUUCUAAAAAUGAGAGGCUGGCACUAUGUUUCAGUCAGUGGACAGAACUCUUUGAACAACCUCAGAUUUCCAAUGCAUUUUUGGAUUUUUGUAACUCCAUGUUUGACAGCCUGCAGAUAGAUGAGGAAAAUAAUCAGGAAUUGUAUAAAAGAUUUUUAUUUCACUACUCUAGAGCUCAAGACCCAACAUAUCCACUUAAAACUGGGUCAUUCCCUCUACAUCCUUUAAUGAGCCUCGCUCCAAAGCUCUCGGACAGAAGAAAGAAAAGGUUCCUUAAUCCAGGAUGGCAGAUUGCUGCAACAGAAUUCAUGAAAAAGGAUGGUUUGGAUGAUUUAGGACGAUCCUUUUUUCUUUUCAGGGAAGAACUGUAG